GUGGUUUCUGAGUCUGCGCGUUUAGGGCUGCGUGAAUUUGGUGGGCGCCAGCCUCUUUGGCAAUGGUGGCGAUGCCGGGCCGCUGGUUUGGCUUCGGGUUUAAUCAGUUCGGGCAGGUCGUCAACCGGAGGGAGUGCGAGGGGGAUGGGAAGGUACUGGGGCCCGUCGCGGUGACCGUCCACAGCCUGGGGAAAGCCGGACAGUGGCCGUCGGGCGGAUCCUGCCUGAGGAAGCUGAGCCCCGCUUGGAGUCACACUGCCUGCCUGGCAGAUGAUGGAUCUAUUUAUGUGUUCGGCUUUGUUGAUGGUCGCCCUUGGCAACAAAUGUGCAUUAGCAACCAAGCCAAUCAGGGUUGCGUGGACAUCCUGUCCUCUGAAAAAUACUUGUUCAUGUUAUGGCAGGACAGAGUGGAAUGCAGGGAUAUCCAAAACCUUUCUACUGGAGAGGUCAAGGGUGACUUGAUUUGGGUGAAGCAACUGAAGGAAGGGGAAAAGCAGUGUACAGCACUUCCACUGAUCCCUGAUGGUUAUGUCACAACAACUCUUCCAUUUUACAAACCAUUAGCACCACAACUUUGUACAAGAAAGCUGGCACUUGGCAGUGAGCAUGCAGUCCUCCUAAGCACUGGUUUUACAGUGUAUUCCUGGGGCUCAGGAAGGCAUGGUCAGUUGGGACAUGGUGGUGUUGAAGAUGAAACAGAACCACGUAUUGUGGAGGCACUACAUGGUUUGGCAAUGGCUGAAAUAGCAGCAGGAGGCUGGCAUUCUGUGUGUUCAAGUGUAUCGGGAGAUCUUUAUGUUUGGGGGUGGAAUGAGUCUGGACAGUUGGGACUACCUGCGAAGUCAUGCUCAGAGGAAAAGCAUCGGAAGACCCCUCAGCAAAAGAGACUCUCGGGAGAGGUCUCACCAUCCUUGAGUGAAGCAAACAACACGGUUAUAAAAUCAGCAAAUAAGAUAACAGGUCUGGGUGAUUCUAAUGUCUUCAUCUCAAUUCAAGCCUUUCCUGCAUUGCUGGAUUUACCGGAGGAGUUAGAGGUCAGCAAGGUCAGCUGUGGGUCACGACAUAGUGCGGCCGUCACCAGGGAAGGUAAACUCUUCACUUGGGGUUGGGGUAACUAUGGGCAACUUGGCCACGGACAGUCUAAUAGUUCUGAUCUUCCAAGACUUGUUGAGUACUUUGUACGAAACCGUCUUUCUGUUCUUGAUGUUGUUUGUGGAACAUGGAACACUUUUGUGUUUGCACAACAGGAAGCAUUUUGAGCCUUGGAUGAAUUGUGUUCUGUCACUCACUGAAAUAUGUAUGAUUCAGAUCAUGUCAAAAAUCAGCGCAGUGGCAUAAUGAGCAACCAAGCACUGAACUAUAUUAAGUUGGUUUGCUUUUUGAUUGUCAAUUGUUGUUAAGUUAUUUGCAGCAUUAAUUGGCAUUCCCGUGGGUUAGGAUUGGGACAAAAUGGGCUUUUUGUUGCUGCUCAUUUGUCCAUUGACCUGUAUUGGGAAUAUACACGUGUAGGUAUCUGUGAGCAGGACUCUGGUUGCUUCUGUGAUAAAUUAGUUUGUGCACAAUUUUAGACUUGAUGUUUGAGAGAGUACCCACAAUGGACAAAGUAUUGGAGGAGCUAGUGUGCUCACAUGACUUCAGGAAGAGAAAGUCUUGCCAAAGCUAAAACCACUGGGAGCAGAACAACGAGUGAUAUGAGAAGGAAGCAACUGAUUAGGACAGCAAUAAGUUGGAGACCUUAUUAACUUAUCAUUUCCUGUUGUUGCAGCAAGCAGCACAUAUAGAUCAGACUUGCUCAAUUUCACAUGUAAAUUGCCAAAACAUCUUAACUCUGGUCUACUUUUCUUUAUUAUCCAGCCCUCCAACCCGGCACUUGUGUCCAUCUUCAGAAAAACCUAUCUGAUCACCUUGUCUUUACCUGCUUCCUGUAGCACUUUUCCAGUUUGUAAACACUGUUUGAACUCUAUUAAAUGUAUAACUUUUAACAAAAUAUUAAAAUGAAGUCUCUUAUACCGUGCACCUAACAAUCGGAUGUUUGAAAUUUAAAAUUAAAUUAACACUUUUUCAUUUUAAUUUGACUCAUUUUAAAAAGUUAUAACUUUUCUGCAAUCACUUGUAAAGAAGGUUGAUGGAAUCAGUCAUUGACUUUUAUGGAUGAAGUGUGUCAAAGAUGAUGGCCUGUGGGCUCCUUUUACCUAGCUUGUACUCCAACACUUCCUUCUAGUUUUGACCAUGAUGCUGAUCUUACUAGACAACCCAAAGUUUGAUGCUAUUUUUUUCAUCCUUUCAUCAGAUAUUAGAAUUUACAAUAGGUAUUCUGACACGGGUGUAGAUUUAAUUGGCACUAGCUCAGCCUACUGCUAAAGAAUUCCCUGAGAUUAUAUUCAGUGUCUGCUGCAAAUAUCUGAGCUCUGCCUCCUUCCUCUUUUUAUCAUCAGUAAAGCCUUUCUUUCACAGAAGUGUACAGAUGUUGUGUAUUUAAGUUGAACAGACAAAGCAUGCAAAGUGAUAAUCUGCAUUUACUCUUUGAUUCUUUAUCCAUUAAUAUGUUUAGGUAUGUGACUGACCAAGGUCAGAAGGCUGAAACACUGUCCUCCAGGAUUGGACCAGUGUUAUACAAUCUGAGGGAAAUUCUCAGGAUGCCUUGUUCAGGGUAUUUGCGUUUGUCUCACUCUGAUUUUAUUUGAUUUAUCAUUGUUAUGUGUACCUAAGUACAGUAAAAAGCUUUGUUUAUUAGCAGUGUAGGCAGCUCAUAAGGUGAAAACUUAGAGGUAUAUGGGUUACAUCGCACAGGGUGUGUGCUAGACAAGAUCAACGUUAGCAAGGUCAGCAUAAUUUGAAGUUAAUGAAUCCAUUCGUCAGUCUAAUAACAGAUGAGAAGAAGCUGUUGCUGAACCUGCUGGUGCAUAUGUUCAAGCUCCUGUAUCUUCAGAAGAGGUUGUAGGAGAGCAUUACCAGGGUGCGAAGGGUCUUUGAUGAUGUUGGCAGCCUUUCUGUGGCAGCGAUCUAUGUAAAUGGAAUCCAUGGAUGGAAGGUUGGCUUCCAUGAUGAUUUGGGCUGUGUACACCACCUUCUGUAGUUUCUUUUGGUGCUGGGCAGAGCAGUUGCUGUACCAUGCCAUAUGUACCCAGACAGUGUGCUUUCAGAGGGCAUCUGUAGAAGUUGGUGAGGGACCUUAUGGACAUUCCAAAUUUCCUGAGCCGGCUGAGGAAGAAGAGGCAUUGUUGUGCCUUCUGGACUGUUGCAUCUAUGUCGGAAGUCCAGGACCAGUUGUUAGUUAUCAUCACUCCCAGGAUGUUAAUGUAGAUGGGGGCAUGUUCUCCUUUCUUUCUGAAGUCAGUGAUUAAUUCUUUAAUUUUGCCGACAUUGACAGAGAGGUUGUUCUUAUUACACCACAUCACCAAGCCCUCUAUCUUCUUUCUGUAUGCUGACUUGUCAUUGUUAGGUGUCCGUCUUACCGUGUGGUGUCGUUAGCAAACCUGCAGAUGGUGUUUGUUCAGAGUUUGGCUACACAGUCGUGAGUGUACAUGGAGUAUAGUAGGAGGCUGAGGACGCAGGGGUUCUCCAGUGUUGAGUGUUAUCCUGGGGGGGGUGCACUUAUCUAUCUUCACUGAAGUUGAUGUGAGGAAUGUGGAUCAGCCAUGAUCUUAUUGAAUGGUGGAGCAGACCCAAGGGACAAAAACAAGCUGCUCUGGUUCCUUUUUCUUAAGGUUAUCUUGCUGGAUGAGAAGUGACAGAGAUAUGUAUUGUGUGAAAAAAAACUAGGCUUGUUAAGCUCCAAACCUAGUGUUUUUUCUGUCCUUACUUGCUAGCUGUCAGACAUCUAUCUUCAAGUUUAUUACUUAGUUUCUUCUCUUGUGCAGCACAGUAAAUAGACAUUUUCUGGAGUUCAUUAAUGCUUCAUUGUCAUGCUGGUGCCUCAGAUCUUUGCACUUUGAGUCAAGGUUGUUGAAGCAGAUUCAAUGGUAACUUUCAAAAAUGAGUUAGAUACAUACUUGAUGAGGAAAAUAUUGUGGGCCUUUGGCAGAAUGACCAUAAGAAAUCAGAACCGGUGUAGGCCAUUUUGCCCCUCAUGCCUGCUCCACCAUUCAAUAGGAUUAUGGCUGAUCCAACAUUCCUCAUGUCCAUUUUCCUGCCCUUUCUCUGUAACCCUUCAUUCCCCUACUGAUCAAAAAUCUAUCUAUAGCCUUAAGGAUACACAGCUUUCUGUGGCAAGGAACUCCAAAAACACUUGACCCCCUGAGAGAAGAAAUUCCUCAUCAUAGUCUUAAAUUGGUGGCCCUUUAUUCUGAGACUGUGCCUUCUGGUCCUAGACAUGAGUGGCAACAUCCUCUCAACAUUUACCCUAUCUAAACUACAGUGAGUAAAAUCCAAACCUACUUAACCUUUUCUCGUAAUACAAUCCCUCCAUACUGGAAACCAUUCCCUAGUGCACAUUCUCUGCAGAUUCUCCAAUGAAAUGAUAUCUUUCCUUAAAUAAGGGGACCAAAACUGCUCCAGAUGUGGUCUCACCAGCACAUUUUACAGUUGCAGUAAGACUUUCCUACUCUUACACUCCUACACCCCUUGAAAUAAGGGCCAGUUUCAUAUAUAAGUAUCUUCAAGUCCCCUUGUUUGCAGCUUGCUGCAGCGUUUGUCCAUUUAAAUAAUACGCUGUUCUUUUGUUCUUCUGUCCAAAGUGGACCUCUUUACAUUUUCUCACAUUUAUAUUCCAUUUCCCAUCUUUUGCCUGUAAACUGUACAUUUCCCUCUAGCAACUUACUUUGCACCUAAUUCUGUCAUGUGCAGUACAUUUGCCUCUUUCUUCCAAGUUAUUUACAUAUAUUGUACACAGUUGCAGCCUGAGCACUGAUCCCUGUGGAGCCCCAAUGGUCGCUGGUUGAAAAGGAACUCCAUACUUCCACUCUGUUUCCCACCCAUUAGCAAAUUCUCUAUCCAUAUCAAAAUGUUACCUCCAUUCUGGACUCUUAUGACCAUCUUGUUGAAUGCCUUCUGGAAGUCCAAAUACAACGUGGGGCAGCACAGUGGCUAGCACUGCAACCUCAGGCAACUGUCUGUGUGGAGUUUGCACAUUCUCCCCGUGUCUGCGUGGGUUUCUUCCAACAAUCCAAAGAUGUGCAGGCUAGGUAGAUUGACUAUGCUAAAUUGCCCAUCGUGUUCAGGGGUGUCUGGG